GCAUCGCUGGGCAUUAGCCACAGUAGUUUUUCGGUGCAACGAGGACGCGUGUGAAUUAAAUGCUGAACAAUAUCACAGCACAGGAGCAAUUGUUAUGGGGGAUCUGAUUUCUAUGCGGAGUUUUUCUCUUUGAAGUCGGCAAUCUACAUACAUUUUAAAAAGUCAAUGAAGGAUACAGGAUCCAGUCAAAAGCUUUCACCGAAAUCCGGGAUGGAUCCUAACCAGAGCGUGAAGCGUAAAAUCGUGGUCGUUGGGGACAGUCAGUGUGGAAAAACUGCUCUUCUUCACGUCUUUGCGAAAGAUUGCUUUCCAGAGAAUUAUGUCCCAACGGUGUUCGAGAACUACACAGCCAGUUUCGAAAUCGACACGCAAAGAAUAGAACUCAGUCUCUGGGACACUUCAGGUUCACCAUACUAUGACAACGUGCGACCUCUCUCCUACCCGGACUCUGAUGCAGUCCUCAUCUGCUUUGACAUCAGCAGACCAGAGACCCUGGACAGUGUACUGAAGAAGUGGAGAGGAGAGAUCCAGGAGUUCUGUCCCAACACCAAGAUCCUGCUGGUGGGAUGCAAGUCAGAUCUCCGCACAGACCUCACCACACUGGUGGAACUAUCCAAUCAGAGACAGACACCCGUGUCAUAUGAUCAGGGCUCUAACAUGGCCAAGCAGAUCAGUGCUCCGUACAUCGAGUGUUCGUCUCUGCAGUCUGAGAACAGCGUCAGGGACCUCUUCCACGUGGCCACGCUGGCCUGCGUCAACAAGGGCAACAAGAUCGUCAAACGCAACAAGUCCUCCAGGAGCACCAAGAGGAUCUCACAAAUGCCCACUAGGCCCGAACUAACCGCUGUCACAUCAGACCUUCGCAAAGACAAGGCCAAGAGCUGUACAGUCAUGUGAUUGCCCUAGACUAGGGCGACUGACUGUUAUGGACUGGGAGGAGCAGGUGGGUGGUGAGGACUGUGCAUAGAGCCCCUCCCCUCCUUCUAGACAUGCAUGCAAAGCAGUGAGAAGGCGGGUUAUCGCCGCACAUUAAAUCAGCCCCCCCCCCCCCC